UUUAAAACCCAUGACCUGCUCAGUUCAAGAGAACAAUCCGAGCUUACAAUGCAGAUCGAAGACUGCCCCAUAAUCGGCGUAAACGUCCGGGUGUGGCUGUUCUGGGCCUACCUCCGGGAGCGGAAGUGGCUCAGCUACCUCCUCGGCUGCAUCCCGGUGACCGUGCUGAACGUGUUCCAGUUUAUGAACCUGUUUCACAUAAUCCUUUCCGGUGGCACCAUGAACAAAAUCAUCAUCGACGGAUAUUUCACCGUGCUGUACUUCAACCUUGUGUUGAGAACCACGUUUUUGUUGACGAAUCGGAGUAAGUUUGAACAAUUCUUCGAGGAAAUUGCCGCCGAGUAUGCAAAGUUGGAAAAACGAAACGACAUUCGUCUGUUGCUGGAGCAGCUGACCCGUCGAGCCCGGAUUCUGUCCAAAUCGAACCUCUGGCUGGGAGCGUUCAUCAGUGCGUGCUUCGUGACGUAUCCGCUUUUUUCACCGGACAGUGGUCUCCCGUACGGAGUGUACGUCCCCGGGGUCAACAUGCAAAGCUCGCCCACGUACGAAAUUGUGUUCGUUCUGCAAGUGUACCUCACGUUUCCGGCGUGCUGCAUGUACAUUCCGUUUACCAGUUUUUACUGCACCUGCACGCUCUUUGGACUGGUUCGGAUUGCCGCCCUUAAGGAGUCCCUCGAGCGGCUUCACCAGUUUAGUUCCGAGCCCAAAACGCUGCUUGCCAAGGUGAAAGAGUGUCUGCAGUAUCACAAGGAAAUCAUCAAGUACAUCCGUGACCUCAACGAACUUGUGACCUUCAUCUUUCUGCUGGAGUUGCUAUCGUUUGGGAUGAUGCUAUGCGCCUUACUGUUUCUACUUAGCACCAGCAAUCAACUAGCCCAGAUGGUGAUGAUCGGUUCGUACAUCUUUAUGAUUCUUUCCCAGAUGUACGCCCUGUACUGGCACUCAAAUGAGGUGCUCGAGCAGAGUCUUAAAAUCGCCGACUCACUGUACUACAACGGCAACUGGUUGAAAUUUUCUACACCAGUCAAAAAGUUGAUGAUUUUGAUGAUUGCUCGUGCUCAAAGACCUUUGGUGAUAAAAGUUGGCAAUGUGUACCCGAUGACCUUGGAAAUGUUUCAAAAGUUGAUCAACGCCUCGUAUUCGUACUUUACGUUGCUGCGUCGUGUUUACAACUAAAUUUCAAUUGUUGACUAUUUUAAAAAUGUAUGACAAAUUUCCACAAUAAAAAAUGAAGUGAUUUCUUUUCUUUCUUGAAAAAAAAAUGUUUUUCAUUGAUAACAUUCUUUAUUUGACCUAAACAAAAUGAAUAAAAAUAUGCUUAAAAUCUGAUGAUAUAUUGUUUAACUAUGAUGAAGUAAACUUGGACCUUGUGUCUUGAAAAGAGAACGGCAUUGUUGGAUCGAUCUAAAAGACAAAUAAAUCAUUAAAAUGAAACGAAAUCGGCCAACUUCUGUCCGUAUCCAUAAUCGUUAUUAUGGAAUUUAUCGAAUUAUUUUUCCGCAUCCUAUUGUGAACGUCCAAUUUCUCUGUUCGGUUCGGAUGACGACCUGAUGAGUAUCUGCCAUUGGGUUAUAAACCUUGGUCUCGAUUACCCGUCAUCCAGUGGGUGGUUUCCAUACUUUAAGAACAC